AAAAUUUCGUGGGUAUAUUUUUUGAAACAAACUAUAAUCUAUGACCUUACAGGGUCACCGCAUGUGGCGCUGUAUAUUUAUGUGUAAAUUUUCGUAGUGGGAGCGGGGAACGUAAGCCGGAUAUUAUAAAUUGAUAGCGCUUGUACUGCAUUUUUUAGAGUCUUCAAAAAGAAAAAGUGUUGUAAUCGGAAGGCUUUCAGCAUUUAAUGGGGCGAAAACUUUCCUGGGAACCUUUUUUGUUUGGUGGAUUAGCAUCAGUGACAGCUGAAUGUGGAACGUUCCCAAUAGAUACCACGAAAAUUCGUCUACAAGUUCAGGGGCAGACAAUCGAUGCAAGAUUGACACAGCUCAAAUACAAUGGCAUGAUACAUGCCUUCUAUAGAAUCUUUAGAGAAGAAGGAAUAACUGCUUUAUACUCAGGGAUUGCACCUGCGUUGCUACGUCAGGCCAGCUAUGGAACUAUAAAAAUUGGAGUUUAUCAUUAUAUGAAAAGAAGUUUCGCUGAAACAGAAAAAGAUGAAUCUCUACCUGUUAACGUAUUUUGUGGUAUCGUUGCUGGGAUUGUCUCGAGCUCCGUCGCAAAUCCAACAGAUGUACUCAAGGUUCGUAUGCAGGCACGAUCCUCCCUGAGAGGGAACGAGAGUAUGUUUCAGGCAUUUCAUGACAUAUUUAGACAGGAAGGGUUACCUGGAUUAUGGAGGGGUGUAGGACCAACAGCACAGCGAGCAGCUAUAGUUGUAGGAGUGGAGUUACCUGCUUAUGAUAUGAUCAAACGUUACCUACUCAACCAUGAGAUUAUGGGCGAUACUAAAUCCAACCAUUUUACGUCCAGUUUCAUUGCGGGUUUGGCUGGAGCUAUUGCAUCUACACCAGUUGAUGUUGUCAAGACUCGACUGAUGAACCAACGGAAGUUGAAAGCCAGUGUUAUAAUCAAUGGUGGAGUUGCAGUGCCAGCGAUUUACACAUCGUCUCUUCAUUGCCUUACACAGACGGUAAAGACAGAGGGAGUAAUGGCUCUCUAUAAAGGUUUUAUCCCAAACUGGCUUCGGCUUGGACCAUGGAAUAUCAUUUUCUUUAUGACCUACGAACAGCUGAAAAAACUAACAUGAAGUGACAAUACAGAAAAUGCCUUGAAACGUCCUGUGUAUUUAGAGCCGUAGGAAAUUGUUUGGAAAAUGUAUUGUGGGAUGACUGUAUAUUUACUGGCAAGCGUGCAAUGUUUAGCAUCAUCGAUGGAAUUAAAGUAUGAACACGAGGGAUAUUCCACCUAUUGGUCUUUCUUCCAGUGGUUUUUUUCCAAGCUUUAUGCUCAUUUUUAGCUCAUCUGAUUUUUUGAAAAAAAAUGAUGAGUUAUUGUCAUCACCUGAGCGGUUGUCGGCGUUGGCGUCGGCGUCGGCGUCGGCGUUGCCUGGUUAAGUUUUAUGUUUAGGUCAGCUUUUCUCCUAAACUAUCAAAGCUAUUGCUUUGAAACUUGGAAUACUUGUUCACCAUCAUAAGCUGACCCUGUAUAGCAAGAAACAUAACUCCAUCUUGCUUUUUGCAAGAUUUAUGGCCCCUUUUGUACUUAGAAAAUAUCAGAUUUCUUGGUUAAGUUUUAUGUUUAGGUCAACUUUUCUCCUAAACUAUCAAAGCUAUUGCUUUGAAACUUGGAAUACUUGUUCACCAUCAUAAGCAGACCCUGUACAUCAAGAAACAUAACUCCAUCUUGCUUUUUGCAAGAAUUAUUGCCCCUUUUGGACUUAGAAAAUCAGUUUUCUUGGUUAAGUUUUAUGUUUAGGUCAGCUUUUAUCCUAAACUAUCAAAGCUAUUCCUUUAAAACUUGCAACACUUGUUCACCAUCAUAAGCUGACCCUGUACAGCAAGAAACAUAACUCCAUCCUGCUUUUUGCAAGAUUUAUGGCCCCUUUUGGACUUAGAAAAUAUCAGAUUUCUUGGUUAAGUUUUAUGUUUAGGUCAACUUUUUCUCUUAAACUAUCGAAGCUAUUGCUUUAAAACUUGCAACUCUUGUUCACCAUCAUAAGCUGACCCUGUACAGCAAGCAACAUAACUCCAUCCUGCUUUUUGCAAUAAUUAUUGCCCUUUUUGGACUUAGAAAAAUCAUUUUCUUGGUUGAAUAUUAUGUUUAAGUCAACUUUUCUCAUAAACUAUCAAAGCUAUUGCUUUAAAACUUGCAACAGGUUUUCACCAUCAUAAGUGGACACUGUACAUCAAGAAACAUAGCUCUAUCCUGCUUUUUGCAAGAGUGAUGGCCCUUUUUAGACUUAGAAAAUCAUGGGUAGGACAAUAUUUCUAUUAUACAAAAAAAAUCAGAUGAGCGUCAGCACCCGCAAGGCGGUGCUCUUGUUAAAUCUACCAAUUGAGAUUUUAUCAUUCAUUCUUAGAAAGAAAUGAAUUGUGGUAUUUAUUAAUGGUCAUUGUAGAAACUAAAUGAAGAUGUAAACUAUGAAUUCAGUUCCAGACACUAUUUCCCACAAAAUGAUUGUACCAAUUAGCCUGAAAUAACAAAUUUUGUGUUUUUAAAGCAGCAGAGUACAUAUUAACUGAGUCACAGUUUCUUUAAGUUAUAACAUACUGUUUCUUCACUUUGAUAUUUUAAUUUACUUGAUGACAAUUAAAAGUGCAAUUUUAUCCAAUAUUUAAGUGAGAUUUCACAAGUCUGAUGUAAUACAAACGUUUUACACCUGAUAUUAAGGGAUAUUACAACCAAAAGUAUUUCAAAAGCCAAUCCUUGUUUAAUACCAUAAAAUAAAUGUUCAGUUUUUUUGUCUAAAGAGGAUUAAAAAUUAGAUUUAAAUGAAAUCCAUGUUUCUAUAUUAUUUAUAAAACUUGAAAAUCCAUUUUUAUCCUAGAUUAAUUAUCACUUAUAUCUAAAGGGAGGUAACUAGAAUAUGAAAACAUAACCUAUUUUGGUGUUAUUGACAAAGUGUCUGCAAGAGAUAUGAUUGAGGGGAGGUAAUUAGAAUUUCGUUUUGAAUCUCUUUGUGGAGAAGAAUUUAGAGAUUUCACUUUGUUGUAGUAAUUUAUAUUAGCCAUAUUUUCAUUUCUGGUGUUAAAAUAUCUAAGCAGAAUUUUUUUCAGAGGUGAUUCUUGAAUUUGUUACAAAAGUUUUGUACUGUUAUAUUGGUUAUAGAGAAAAAAAGUGCAUUAAAUCAAAAUUAUGUUUCAAGUGAAUCUGUUUGCUUUUUACAAAGUUAUGUUGUAUUUAAGCAAAUAGUUAUACUUCCCCUAUUGUAGAUGAAAAAACAAACAAGAAACUGUACAGCAAAUUGUGGAUAAAUCAAGGAAGUACUUUAUGUGAAUAUGCAUGUAGACAAAGGUUUUGCUGUAGUUUCUAUGAUUCAUGCUAUUUCUAAUAGCAAUUUAUCAGAUAUAAAAAUUUCAUACAGUGGUAUAUACCUUGUACAGAAUAGUUGUACCAUAAAACUGUAAACCAGUCAAAAUGUAUUCACGAAAAACAAGACAAAGCAGUCAGUAAUACAUUGACAUCCAACACUGAACCAGUCUACAUAGGUGCUGUAAAUUUUACUUAAGUUUCUUACUUAAAAAAGGAGGAAAAAUUGGUGUCAACCUUUAUAACGUAGCAAGCUCAUAGUUUUUCACUUGCAAGUUAAAAUACCUACUAAAAAAAUGGUGUUAAUCUGGGUUAAAAAUGUUUAGAACAUUUGUUAGAAAUGAAAGACACGUUUGAAGUUUCAUGGUCAAAUAUACAGGUACGUCUCAGAUACUGAGAAUUCAUUGAUAUUUGAGGGCAUGGAUUUUUUCAUUGACUUUUUGUUGCUAUUUUUAUUUCUAGUAUUCAGAGUUAACCACAUACCUCCACAAAAUAAUCGCCACUGAAAUCAUUGACUAAUUUCACAGUAAUUUGAACUUAUUCCAACUCAUGUUUAUCAUAGUAGGUAGGAUGAAUCUGUCUAGUGAACAGUUUUAACUCACUUCAGUGUAAAUACAUGUCAUUAAGAUUAUAUUUAUUUUUGCUAUUCUUUGUCACCAAGCCUCGUAUAUCAGAACAGGUCUGUUUUCUACAAAAUGUCCUAGUGUUGAGGUUAUGAUUAACUGUUAAUAGAUUAAUUCUUUUUAAAAAUAUAUUUGAAAAUAGUAAUUGUAAACUUUUGUGCUCUCCAUUUUGUUGCCACUGUUCUUUUAAGUUUUGUAAUAUACUUUUUAGACAAACGCUUUAGUAUCUGAAUGAAUUAACUUAAAAAUAUUUGAAAUUAUUUGAUGAAAACAAGGAACUUUCAGCAUAAUACAGAAGUUGUAGGGAAAUAAUGAUGUUAUGUAGAGAUUAAAUAGACCUGCUGUAAUGGUGUCACGUAGGUUAGGUCUGUAUAUAGGUUAUACUUAUAGCCCUGUUAGUGCUAUUAAGGCAGAUAUGAAAGCCAUGUUGCCAUGUUUUCUUUUCUCUGUUUUGUUGGACAGAUGUUAUUUAAACUAUUAUUAAUUACUGAAAAUAUUUUUUUCUUUUGAGCUUUUUGUUCGACAACAGUAUCAACUGUUGCUUGUUUUUUGUGAUUGUUGAUUCUAAGUUGACAUUGUUAAUUCUUACAAAGGCACAAGGACUUCUCUUGUUCUGCAAUUUAUUUAUUGGUGAAACAAAAGCUGGAUGUAAUUCAAGUUGCUAUGUGUUAACGACUUUAUUUUUAAAAAAAGUUUUCUUAUGCAUAAAUAUUUUGUCAAAAGUUGAUAUAGAAAAAGGUAAAUCCUCUAUGAGAAAAAGCUUAAAAAUUAUGUAUCAACCAGUUAUAGAAAGACGUUUGGUGUCUGCAUUUUUGGAAAAUAUCCUUUCAUAGUUGAAAGUCAGUGAACUGUGAAGACAUUUCUGAUAUAAUGAACACUCUGAACAUUUUAUAUAGGGUUUUUUAGCCUUUAGACAUAUUUAAAGCGAAUUUUUCCUGUUUAUUUUUAUUUUUAAUUAUCAGAUAUAUAUUUUAUAUCAAAAUCUGUUUAUAAAUGAGUAAAAUCAACAUUUUCAAAACUGAAGAAGUUUUGCUUAUUCGAAGAAUUAAUGCAUUAGUGAGAUGUUGUGAGGUAAGUUGAUUCAAGCAGAACUUUAUCUGGACACGAACUCUAUUUUGAUACUUAGAAUUUUGUUUCUUUUACAUUCCAAUCCUUUUAUCUAAAUAAACACAGAUGAUGUAAAAGAAAGUAAAGGUCAUUUAAAUAUGAAAGCCUGUAAAACACUAUAGUCAAAAUGUUAAUUUUUGUAUUUAAGCAAGGUUAUACUAUAGCAUAUCUAUUGAUUUCCUUGUUAUUGUCAGAAAUAACUGCAUAUUGAAGUGUUACUGUGUUUUGCUUGUUUUUCUCUGCUGAAACAUUUACUAAAAGUUUAACUCUAUAGCUUUGAUAGCAGUUAAACACUUCGUGUCACAACUUUAGCAAGAUGAACUCGUGUAAAACAAGCUCAAGAAAAAGAUGUUAAAAAAUAAAAAAAAUAUUUGCAAAAUA